AUGGCGAAUGAAUUCACAGUCAAUGCAAUUAAUAGCAAUUCAAACACCAAUCACAGCAUUAAUCUCAACACGAGUGAUGAGAUCAGCGACCAAUUGAUUGAGAAGCUGUUCCCGAAGUGUCGGCCAAAGACUACUCGCACCCAUGAAUUGAAUGACUUGAACGAGAACUACAGCCUUCGUAACCGAAAUAAACAUAUUUUAAUAGAUCUGGACUUAGAUGUGAUUAAUGAUAACACGAUGAAUGAGUCCAAACACAGAGACAAGGAUGGAGUGCAGACCGACAACAACUGCAUUAAAAGCAGUCUCACAAACAUUGGCUUCAAAUUAGACCAACUCUUGCUGUCUCCCGAAGAAGAGUACAAACCAUUGAAUUACAACUUCAUUAACAAACCAUUGCUGAACAGCAAUGAAGACAUUGAUGGAGAGGAACACAGUGUUGGCAAAGACUUGACUCUUAGGGAGAGUCGCAUAGAGAUCGCCGGCGGGAGAGAGAUAUUCAGCGCCUCUAAGAAUAAGAUGAAUAAACGAAGACUUUUGAGCCAUAAUUACGGGUCCUGUGAGGACAAGGGGUCGCAAAGUGUGAUGAAAUGCAAGCGAAACAAUACCACACAAACUCGCGUCAAUCAUGACAACCACAUCAUCAACAAUGACAUAUCACUUGAAUCCGAUUCUCUGGUUAACUCAUCUACCAAUCAGUCAUCUGUUGGUGACAUCAACACUGAUUUCAACAAAAGCGUUGAACACAAACACAGACUUUUGUCCGGAAUUGUUGUUUACGAAGACUUCUCUACUAAAGUGGACUCUGAGAUCAUUUACGAUGACAUCGAAGAGAUGGACAAAAGAGAGCUUCAAUUGUCUGUUAAACCGAUUGCAUCUGAAAUGCACGACUCGGACAACAAUUCUUUAAAUUGUGUCAACGAAUCCUCACUUAAUGGCGAUUCCAUCGAUAAAAGUGAUGACAAAGCAAACAGUUUUGAGAGUAACGAAGAAUCUGAAGACAACAAAGAGGACAGUGCUUCCAGAGAUCAGUUAGCAGUUGCAGAGGGAAGCAAAGAGAUCGCCCGCAUUAUAGGCAAUGUUCCCAUCGCUCAAUACGACGGCUCUCCCCGAAGAUAUGGACCAAAACCUCCGGGUUAUCCCCAAAGAGUUAUUAAUAAUGAAGACAUGUCUGUAGGUUUGGCCAACUCUGCCAUUGAAUCUAAAGGAUUGGUAGACAUAUCAUGUGAUGAAUUGGUGAAAUCCAUUCUUAGUAUUCCCACACAAUAUGAAGACUCGCCGACCAAUAGCUGUACGAAUGUGUCAAACGGUUCAAAGUCUCACUCAUCAGGCAUUCAAAGCGCGGCCAUCAGUGAACACGAGUCCGAUAAGAAUGACGUUAUUAUGGAAACAAGUGAUAUGAAUGUUUACCAGUUCUCAGACCUGGAUUACAAACUCUAUAGAAUGGAUAGCGUUGGCAACUCAUAUGUAGGCAAACGUUUGGCUACUCUCUCCUCUGCCAACUCAGAAGAUGACACUUCUGUGGCCGUCAGUCCAUCUAAAAGUGUUAACAAUGACUCCAAUUCAAUGAUAGCUCACGAAAAUGAGUUGAUUCUACUGCACGAACGCGUCCGACAACACAUUCUCAGUGAAAUGGUAUCAGUGGACAGAUCGUCGGUCAGCACCGGUGCCGACACGGAACCCGAGCCUGAGGUCUGUCACAGACCACAGGAAAGUAACCGAAACUUUACUCUUUCGCCUGACAUUACUGAUUGUGACAGCAAUGAGAUUGAGAGCGAACUGUCAUUAGAGGGCAGUUUGCUUUCCAACAGCAAAAUUGUUAUAAUGCCUGUCCUCGAAGACGGUCUCUCCAGUGGUGUCCCCUCCAGUGAUAAUGAGUUGGAAGAGGAGGUGAACUGUGAGUCGCCCACCACUAAGAGACAGAUCUGCGAACGACUUGAAGAGGAACUUAUGGCCAAACUUAAGGCUAAACUUAAACGAAACGAUAACUUAUUAGAGCAUCAAAUCGGAUACAUUCUCAUUCACGACCCGUCAGUCCUCAUUGAGGGCGUCUUAUUCCGGGCCCGAUAUCUGGGUUCAACACAACUGGUGUGUGAGGGACAGCCCACUAAAGCCACGCGUAUGAUGCAGGCCGAGGAGGCCGUCUCCAGGAUCAAGGUCUCUAUACUUUCACUUCAUAUUCCUCCUUAUUAUUGA